AUGUCUUUCUUCCGCAUCACACUCCUGCGAUCCGGAAUCGGUCUCCCUAAGAAGACUCAGGGUGUCCUCUACGCGCUGGGCCUCAAAAAACGCCUCCGAACAGUCUAUCAUCCAGUCUCGCCCUCCGUUGCCGGUCAGAUCUUCGCAAUCAAAGAGCUGGUAGACGUGCAAGAAGUCGAUCAGGCUUUGAGUAAUGAAGAGUUGAAGGAUCUGCGUAGGCCAGAUCCCGGAUUUUACAUCGAGACGAAAAUGAAGGAAAUUCGAGCUACAUCGAAACGCUCGACACCAUCUCGGACGCCCUAA